AUGAAGGUUUGUGUGUUGCUAUUAAAACCUUAUUCGUCCCUCUCUGCCCACCUGGAAUAGGGUGUCAGUUUCAGGUUCGGGCCUUAAAUUGGGUAUACACUUUCAGUACCUUAAAUAGAGUCGGGUUUAAGACCCUGGACAGCAAACACCUUUACAAAAUCUGUGGGAGUACACCCCGGGCUCUCCUUCAACCGGAUGCGAAAGUUGCGAACAGCAAAGGCCACGUUUCCCCUAUGUUGAUUCAACAAAAGCUUUUGACAUCGCGAGCAGAUCAAGAUGAUAUAAAGUGCUGAAAGCCAUUAAAGCAAUUAGCUGUCCCUCUGAUCCUUGGUGACGUUCAAAGAGUCUCUUAAAGAUGAGAUGUGAGCAGAAGCCUAUAGGCUCCUGAUGUGAACCAUGUUUGGGUUUCAAAUACACAAGGUUCCAAAUAAGAGUUAAGAGGUGCAGAUAUGUCAUUGCCCCCGCCCCUAUUUCGCUGUUUUCUUUUUCCCGGUUAUUGGUUUCCUCCAGUUAGAGAGGUGACUCGGUCUUCAAUCUAGUUAAAAGCUUGCGAAAAAAAGUAAUUAAGCAAGUUAAUUGGCCAUACGUGAGUUUUUAUUUGCCGCUGAUGCUUAAUGAAACUUCUUUGGCAUCCGCUGUUAUCAUCGGCGUUAACAAAACUCGCUAUUCUUUUUAAAACUAGCCACCGGUAUUACCGAUGUAAACUGGAUGGAAACGCUCCACGAAGUGGUCCAAGAAUUCUGCUAUUUAGGAUCUAAGAUACAGUCUACUACACUGUUUCCGGUCCCUAACAAUUGAAUAACGGACAAAGAGAGCCUGGCAAAACAAGCACUUUAGCCAACAAUGGCUCAAGCUAAGACUGCAUUUAUUAGCGGGCGAGGUACAUGUCCUCAACCAAGAGAGAAUGAGCUCUUGCCGCAACACAUUAUUCUAUGCCCCACCACUAAAUAAAUAGGCGGACAAGGAAAUCUAACAACUGCCAUUCUUCGUCGCCUUCCAACAAUCUAAGAUAUCUGAAAAUGGUACGAAUGAGCGAAGUUAAACGUAGUUUCCAAUUGUAGCAUCCUUAGAAGGUGUGGCUAGUUCCUUAAGUAGCUUGUGACCAAGAAGAUAUGAUUACUUGGAUACAGCUCGAAAGACCGAAAGACCUCGUCGUCUUCAGUAAAUCACGUGAUAUGUAAUGUGACUAUUUUUUCUUAAAAUCAUACAUAACUUGAAAACAUGGCGAUGGAGUUAAAAGAAAAAGGGUUUUACAUUUUCUGAUUCACAAAAAAUAUUUUUAAUACUUAAUGCUUUAAGCGACUGUCCAUCGCUUUUGAACAAAAAAAGGGAGAAAAAGAAAAAAAUGAGGGCGUGUCAUUUUAAAGCUUAAGACCUCUAAAGAGCUACCAAAAGCCAUUCACUUUAGCUCUUAUAGUCUGAAAUUUCAGCCGUUUGAGGAGGAGUGGGGAUAGGAGAGAGUCCGCUCCCGACCCUCAGAGAUGACCAACUUAAGCUUCGAAUAUGCUAAUCAAAACCAAAUAUUGAAUAUUUUUAAAGAGCGUCCAACUUUAUGUCAUUUGUUUUAAAUGCCAGUGAAAAUAGAGGAGUUUGCGAGGAAAAAAUACAUUUUUAGAUAGAAAAACAAAUAAAAUAAUAAUAAUUUAAUUUAAAAAUUGAAGAAAUGAAAGACAUAGUUAAUGAUGUGACUGCUAACUUCCGCCAACGAUGUUAUUUUAGUUAUACUGACCUUUGUGCUUCAGCUGGAAUUUGAUUCCAAUCUGCGUCGGUACAACCUUCGUCUUUGGAGAGUCGGAGUUAAUGGCAAAUAUUUUUUCACUGCUCAUGAUUGCAAAGAAUAUCAAAUGUAUAUCAAAUGUUGGUUUGGAAGCCUUGCGGAUUUUAUUCUACUCGUACUGAUCUUUCUUCCGUUUGGAGGUAUGUGUAUAUUAUUACUUUUAUUUAGGCUAUCUAUCGAGUCUGUGUAGGACGGCAUAUAAACCUAAUUAUGCAUUUAGGGCUUUUCGUCCUCACGCGAGCAACGAAUACGACAAUCGUAAACGCACAAGCUCGUACGCCUUUAAAAACUAACCAGAUUAGACUAAGCAUAGCCAAUGUAUCACUGAUGCUUACGAUGGCAAGCGAAAGAUACGUAUACUUAUGUCCGUCGAAUAAUUUGUCAGUCAGUCCCAGUCACUUUAUUCAGUUUGUCUACCUGGGUAAGCAAAUCGCUUUUUUCAUUUGCCUCUUUACCGAGGCAAAUUAUAACCUCAAUUGUGAUUCAGUUUGCUCGCCUCUUUUGCUGCAUUCACCUCGUUAAGAAAAGUAGUGAACUACGACAGGAAAGUAAUCUGCUAAAGCCGAUUUUGCUGAGUUGAUUGAUUAGGGCACUUUGAAGCUAAUUGUCUCCUCGUGACAAGAUUCCCUGGAUUGUGUUCAUGCAUAAUCCACAGCUGAUAACUGGUUAGGCCCCUGGAACGACAGUGAUGCGAAACACAUGAAAUGAGCAUGAAGAACUUUGUCUUCCCCUCAAAUCCUCACUUAAACGUAGCUACCUUCCCAAAAUACUUAUACAGAAAAUAUUAAACUGUCCCUCGCACCCGCGUCCGACUCUCGACUGCCAUACGUAACGCUCACGGAUGUCCAACCGAGAGGUCGCAGGUUCAAGAGUGCUAAGAAACUCUUUAACACUUUUAUCGCCAUUUCCUUUUAAAGCGCGUUCAGAAAGAAUCAUAGAUUUUCACUUUCUAGCGCUUACAAAUUCGCGGAUAAAAAACUUUUGGCCGCCGUUUCACUUUGCUAGCAUGGAUACGGUGCUACGCGGUGGGGACAGGAAACUGGUAAAACAGCGAAACAAACCUCUAAAUGUCAAAACAAACUUCCCAACAAAUCGAGUUCUCAGAUGCUUUUAAGACAAAAAUAGGUAGCUGCCCUGUCCAGGCCGCAAUAAAUGAAUGUUGCUGGGUGCAUAUGUGAUUACUGAAAUGAAACGCCAUCACAAAAAGAGAUAAAUAUUAAUUAUUAUCAUUAUUAGAAAAAUACGAGAAAAAAAUAUUUAUACGUAGCUCAUUUAAGGAGCAGUCAACAUCAUCAGUGUAACGAAUGUUUCAUCAGUUAACCAUCGGACGUGCAUACAAAUUCAUAUCCCCACCGUGGUACAAGGGGGGCACUUUGCAUGAUUGUAGCCUCAAGAUUUACUUUUAUUUUAGAUAGAAGUUGAAAAAAAAAGUGUUUUCACUCAAAAAUGGUUUGACUACUUACUACUUAUGACGUCUAAUCUCGUAACCAUAGAAACUGACCAUCACUGAACUUGUCUUAAAAUGCGCGAGAUAUAAACGAACAGUUACUGAAAGCGUCAGAUGCUGAUGUUUUAUCCUCUUGGAAAAAAAAAACUCAGAAAAACCUCGGGGGGGUUGGCAACCAGCCCCCCCUCUUGUACUUCAGCGGGUUAAUAUUCUUAACAAUUGAAAAGAAUUUAUUCAUUGAAAGUGGAAUUUAAUACGGUAGUGAAAAAAGGGAGAAAUUUUUUUUUCUUAAUUCUAAACAUGCAUGUGACAGUUUUUAAUACAUUGAGUUGGUCAGCCUAACCUUUUUUUUUCAAACAAGCCUUUUUCACUCCAGUUGUUAGUUUUAUAGAACUUACAAGUGUAGUUAUUGCUUUAAGACUUAAAGGUGUUUCGAUGCAGUUUUCCAGAGGCCAUACCGAUAUUUUUCAAUCGCCUUAAAAGUGUUUUUUUCCUUGUUCGAUCGCUAUAAAAUUUUCAGCAGUAAUUGGCUAUGGAUUAAAAUUUGUGAAAAUGUAGUUUUAAGUAAAAUCGAUAUUACUAUGACAACAAUAAACAAAAACUUUGAAAUUGAUAAAAGCCGAAUUUUUUGUGAUCUAGACCAGCUACUGAAAAUCCAACACUAAGAGCUCAAAGUUUGUGUUUAGCCAAGAAUCUGCGUAAAAAGUAAAAAAAUUCUGUGUGUUUGAAUUCGACUAAAACGAAAAUAUAUUUCAAAUCUUAAAUUUUCAAUAGCCAUGAUAGAUUGUUUAAUAAAAACGUUAUAAAUGACUCAAAUUAUUCUUAAGUAGCGGCAGAAUGCCGCUUAAUAUCAUAUUUUUAUGCUAGGAAAUUUUGGUGUAUUUUCGUUCUUGUGAUCUUUAAAACUAAACCCGUUUUCUCACCACCUGUCUAAGUGCAACUUCAUUCAAAAUUUAAACUUUUAGGGCUUUUUUGUAUAUCUCCGAAACGACUCGCACGAAUUUUUUUUUAAAAUCUCUUCACAUAAUCUCCAUAAUGUAUAUAAUAAUGUCUGAACCUUUUAUUAAGAUUGAUUCACUUUAACGAACGUGCCAAAAAUAUUUGUUACAACAUUCACUGUUUUGACGUUAUGCUCAUAUUUCCAAAAUAAUGCGCACUGUACAUAUCUCCAUGACUAGUACAUUUUAGUUUGAAUUUAUCGCAUCUUUUGAAUGUAAAGCAUUAACACUACUCACACUGAAAUGUACUAGUCAUGAACAUAUGUCUAUUGCAAAUUUAAGGAUUGAUAUUUAUUUUCGUUGUAGUCGAAUUCAAACAUACAGAAUUUUUUGCUUCUUACGGAGCCUUAUUUGCUAAACACCAAAAGUUCUUAGUGUUGGAUUUUCAGUAGCUGGUCUAUAUCGCGCAAAAUUAGGCGUUUAUCAGUUUCAAAGUUUUUGGUUUAUUGUUGUCAUAGUAACAUAGAUUUUACCAAAAUCUACAUUUUGACAAAUUUCAAUCUAUAGUCAAUCUUUGGUGAAAAUUUUAUAGUGAUCAGACAAGGAUAGUAUAGCCUCUGAAAAACUAUAUCGAAACACCUUAAAACAAUGGCUUUACUUGUAAAUAACACUUGCAAAAGUUUAAUUACAGUGUAAUUGACUCGAAGUCUGGGACACCAAAAAAAAAAAAAAAAAUUCUGAGUUUUCCUUCUUUUUUUUUUCAGUUGGCAAAAUACAGUUAAUUUUACCAUAUCAAGGAAUAACUGUAAGAAGCCUGAUUAACUCGUCUGUGAACUUCACCUGGAGAUUCUCAGGAGACGUUGCGGGAAUUGAAUUUGGUUUCAAGGCAACUAAUGCAGCCACAAUAGAGCAAUAGAGAAAAAUGGGAGAAUAUUAUUUCUAAACACCUUUGGAAAAACGGUAUAUGUACAUCAAAGUUUUACUGGACGAGUGACUGGAAGCCGUGCUGGUAACUCAUCCUCUGGUCAAGUCAUCUUCAAUCUCAGUGGCAUUACGCUGAAUGAUACAGACACUUAUGGGUGUCAAUUAUAUGCAAACAAUGUACAAGAUAGUGGUCAAUUUGAUUACGCCAGACUGAUUGUUGAGGGUGAUGUACACUUUCUUCAUACAGAUAUUUUCGAUCGAGUACUAUGAAGGUAGAAUUUUUUUUCUUCGUGAAGAUCUCACGUAUAACAAAAUACAUUUUUUGUAGAUGAAUAAAAAUUCUUCAGCAAAGUGGUUUACCGAGCCGCAUACUUAACUAAUUGUUAAAGUGGGUACUACAACAGUGAAAUAAUUGAGCGCAAAAAAUGAAAACGAUAAUGAUUGUGAUUGCUACUGACGAUUACAUAUUUAAGCGCGCACUGACCGAACGGCCGUCGUGUUUUCUUUCCGACAAAUAAAACUUUGAAGGCAUUAAUGUUUUCCGCUUUUUCGGGGACACCCUUCCAAGGGAAUUGCCAAUUCUUCAGUAUCUGAAAACAUUAUGUUUUGAAAUACCAUUUGAUUUAGUGUUACAGCUAAUUUAUGAACUUAUUAGCUAAAUAAAAAAGCACAAGACAUUGUAAAUUUGUAAACAAAAAACUGUUUACUGGUUAUACAUCGGUAAAUGCAGGUUAAUAACAGACAAAGCUUAGCUGUUGUCAGAAUCAACAGUCUUCGUUUAUUUUUGCCACUUCAUUGUUUUUUACGGUAGAAAUUUUGCUUGGAGGUAAAUAGCUACAGAAUAGUCGUCAUGUUCUAGACAAUGAUCUCUAAUUGCUAAUUCAUGUUUUGUGACAGCGGUUGGGAGUCAUUAUCAAGUAUUUGGAAAAAUAUUCCUGCUAAAGCUUUCCUUUAAUUUUUUGUAAUGUAAUGUAAUGUAAUGAAAUAUAACUCUUUUUAGUGCGUUAUAAUUAUUUUAUGGUUUUGGCCUCAUUUGAUUGCACUUAAACUACACAAGGCGAAGCUCUUCCCCCGGUCCAUUAAAUUCACAAGCCACACUUUGAUCGCAAAAAAUUCUAACAGUAACUCAUUCUUGCCCCUCCAACGAGCCGUCUUUGUUACCGCCAGAAACUUGUAACUAAGCGCCAUUAAAUGAGUUAACAUCUCAUCUGUGUUCGAAUUCUAUUAGAAAUACCAAGAAUCACACAUCCAGUGACAGCAAAUAUAAGCUACAGUCAAGGGAGUCCCGUCAAUGUAAGCUGUAUUGCGACAGGGACACCAGAAUCAGAUGUGGUGUGGAUCAGUAUUAGUACCACUCAAGUUAUGAGUUCUGGAUUUGAAAAGGCUUAUCUCAUCUUCAGUUCUAUAAGCAAGGCAGAUGCAGGAAUAUACAUAUGUAGAGCCAACAACUCUGCAGGAAGUGGUGAAAAAACAUUUGAAGUUACCGUUAAAUGUGAGUAUAUUACUGAGUAGAACUUAAAACUUUAUCGGUCUACUUUGGCCUUCGUUGGAAUACGUCACGCCAUUCUUUUCCCAUGUCGACGUGCUUUUUAGGACACCUAUGUUUUCGUUGUUUUAGCUCAGGGUCUUUCUUUCUUUUUGUACCUUACUAAUGUUUUAUAACCCUCCUCUUUAGUUUGAUUUUAGCUGUUGCUUGGCUCUCGUCGAUCGACAUUGCAUCCGCAAAAUAUCAACUUAUAAUGUCAGGAUUGAAACUAAUUCAAGGAGUGGAGUAGCAUUGGUACCCGAGCAUCUUUGAUAUAGUCUUACCUACCAGACACCUGCCAGACAUACAAUUUUUUCUCCAGCCUAUACCUACAGUGACGUGUUGUAUACUCUUUUUAGCCACGGUGAUAGAAACACAAGUUACCGAGAUUUAACAUAAAACCUGGUGUUCUCUUUUUCCUUGUGGUGGUAUCAGACGAAUAAAAGACGAUUGAUAUCUUUAUUAAAGAUUUGAUAUGACUGCGUUAUCAGUGCUCUAAUAUGCUGAGGAAUUUAUUCUACAACAGUGCCACACUGUAAAAAAACACUGAGUUUAAAAGGAAAUGAGUACAGGGCUUGACUGGAGAGAAUGUCUCUAAGCUUAUGGUCUACUAGACGCUAUUGUUUACAGUUCUAAAUAAAUGUUCUUGCUUCAGAUUCAGAUUUAAAAGUUUUUACUUAACACUUUGUUCUUGUAAGCUCCAAUCUUGCUCCACACAUUCGAACGUGACCUCGAGUUGACUGCUAGCUGUUUGGAGAUAAACACCGACAAAGGGUGGUCACUGCCAGAGAUAAGUACAGCUGUUAGUUCUUUGACACCGUACCUUCGCACACCAGAGGGCCUAACCCUUUGUAGGUGGCAGCAUCUUCUCAGAUAUCGUAAAACCCUGAAUGUUGACUUGGUGUGGACUAGCCCGGCAAUCACUCGAAAGUCACUCGGCUAACUAAAGGAAAUUAACUUGGCAAUCCGUUCUCCUGUACGCCAUCCCCUUAAGGCCUUUAACAGCAGGAGGCCGGGGCGGAUGUAGAGUUUACUACCGGCAGCAUCAACAUACCAGAAGAAAGUUCUAAGGGAGUCUGAGAAGAACGUUGAAAUAUGCUUGGGUUCAUGGAAAAGCAAGACCCUGUCCGAAUAUCAGGAGAGGAUAAUAUCCUUCCCUGCAUCUGCAACUAAAGCAGUGAUAACUAUAUAACAGACCGAAAGUAGCUGAACGCCCUUAUUCACAUUUUAAUAAAUUAUGAUAAAAACAUCCUGCGUGAGUCAUUUUAUUACCCUACAAUGUGUCAGUUAGACGACUUCCGAAUUAGUCAAAAGUUCCUUUUUCGUGCCCAUUUAUUUCCUUUCACUAUACUGGAUAGGCGGUGAAUUUAUACCCCCGCUUGAAUGCCUUAUUUGCAUGUUAAAAUAAAUAAAUAGAUAAAAAAUGAAUUGGUAUUCCUAACAAAGUCCAGACCACUCAUAGGUGGUAAGAAUGGUUUGACGAUGUGAUAAUAAUAACAUAUUUUUCCGAUGAUAAUUGACAGACCCAGCCGUCAUACAAGGCCUUACUUCUUCCUCGCCAAUGUCCUGUAUUGGGCACACUGUAACGUUGACUUGCAAGUCAGAUGCCGUUCCUAUACCAACGCUCACCUGGUACAAGCCUGAUGGAACCAACUUUAGUUCGGUCAAAGCUACUGAGAGCACCGUUAACUUGACAAUGAAUUCGAGUGUAGAUUUUGGACUAUAUAACUGCACAGCUGAAAAUGGUUUCACCCUGGCUUCCAAGACGGUCCGUGUAGGACAGAUAGGUUAGUUGUUUAAUAAAUGUUUGCCACGAUCUUAUUGAUCUUAAAUACAGCGUUUUUUUGUGCAGUUUUAGUUCAACGUACGCGUUUGGUAAACGCCUGUCUUAAUAUUUCUAUGAAACGUUUAGGGCCAGUUAUUUAAACGGAGUCUAGCCCGUGUUCAACGAAACCUCGUUCUAAGCCCUUUUUUAGUUCGCUCAUUGCUGUUAUCGAAAACACCAUUUCUUAUGAACAAUUUCAAAAAAAGCACAUAGCUUAGACUGGAAAAGCACUCAAUAGAUUCUUUUUUUAUUAACCCACUAAGAAAGAGAUCUAAAUGUCCAAUCAUUUCUUAAACCACCGCGUAAGUAAGACUUCGUUUAUAUGACCGACCCUUAAUGUCAUCUCACGCGAUACACUCUCAAAAUCGAUAACAAAAGGAAUAAAAAACUGAAAACAUAUCCGAAACGCUAUGCGUGGAUCGAUUUAGAUGUUUUUUUUUUAGUUCUUUUUUGGGGGAUUGUGAGGUCAAAUUGACUUUGAUCAUGUUCUGCUAAACAUAUUGAGGCAGGUAACAUUUUAAGCAGUGUGCACGGUGGACAGUUUUGCUUAUAAUACCCUUUCUUUAUAUUUUAAGGUAUUCCAGAAGCCGCCUUAAUAAACGACUUACCGGUUGAGACAAAAAAUGUGAAAGUGAGUCUAAAGUGGAAGAAGUCACAGAAUAGUGGUGCGCCGAUCACAAAGUACACUGUGUACCAAAGAAUUGUAAAAGAUGGAGACACGUCGCAUGAAUGGGCUAAAGUACAGGAUAUAACUAGUGUCUCAGUUCGUGAGGUUGCUGUCGAUUUAGAGAUUGGUCGAGAUUACGAAUUUGUGGUCACUGCCUCAAACAAAUGUGGCGAAAGUAAAAAAGAAGUGGAAAAGAUCAAGAGGAUCUCAGUAUUAGGAGGUACUACAAAUCUUAAUUAAAUUUGAAUUCAUUCGUCUUUUUAAGAAAGCUUUGAUUAGAUUUUGUUAGUAAGACUUAUUCCCUAAUUGGAACAAUUUCAAUUUGGUUUAAUUUAAUCCAUUUUCACUGUAAACAUUCCGUAAAAAACACAAAGAGAACAGCAGGAAAGUUGGGAAAGGACAGUUAGGUUAGUCCACGGAAUUUAAGAAUAGAUUACAAUUUAUGAAAGGAAAGAGAAAAGAUUCUUGAAAUACUUUCUGCAACGAUUUUUGAAUGCACUUGUCAGGUCCCAAGCUUUUGGGAAAAUUAUUCCAUAAUUUUUUGAUAAGGAAUUCUUCAAAAAUAUUGUUUCCUUAAAUAGUUUGGUAUGGUUAAGGCGAAACAUCGAAAUUUCAUUAGAGGAACCAAACUGGGCCGAUUAAGUUCAUGAAAACGUUUGACGUCUGUCUCAGUUAAUUUCGUAGCAAUAAGUUUGGAUCAACCAAAUCGUUCUAUCCGUCUGCUUCAGGUGAAGAUGUCUGAUUGGCUCGCUGAUUCUUUAGUUCAUCAACUGACCCAACAGACUAACUUUUAAUUAGCUAACUAAAUUUAGGUCUACCCAAAUUGCGAUUCGGUUUGUCUCAUGAAAAGUUCGACGCUUGGCUUUGGCGUAAUAGUUUGUAAAACGAUAGAGAAAUUUAGAAUCAAGUUUAUGACAAACUGCAAACGUUCAACGUCAAUUAUAACACGUGAUCUUUAUUUAUUGCUUUUAUGUACUUGCAUUGCAGUUUAAUCUUUAUUACAUUAACCCGAACACAAAUGGCAGGGGCGGAUCCAGGAUUUUUUUUAGGAGUGGGUGCACUCGUCUCUUGCUCUACUUCAACACCAAUAAACCACAGAGUUUUUUUUUUUUUUUUUUUCCAGAAUACCAGUUGUAUUAGAAAACCGCGGGUCAUCUCAGAGGGGGGGGGCGCACCCCCUGCACCCUCCCACUAGAUCUGCCCCUGAAUGGCAACCUGAAAUUGACGUUUGCGUUUUUCCUUGAAUGAGAUUCUAAAUAUAAUAAUACAGAGUUUCUCUAACGAUUAACAAAAUUCCUUCGACAGUGGGCCAUAAUUAUUCUUUUAUGGCUGGAAGAGUAACGUUGGAGUUGAAGGAAGAAUAUGAAAUUGUUUUUUCAUGUACGUAUUUGCUCAUUUUCAAUUGAUAUUUAUAAAUUCAACGCGCAGCUUUCCUUCCUUUCUACGCAGAUGUUCCUGAUGCUGUCGAAGUAACUGAUGGGAUAUUUCUAAAAUGGAAAGAACCAGAUAACAAUGGGGCGGUAAUCAUAGAGUACUCCGUCUACCAAAGGUUUGCGAAUGAUGAUGAGUGGAAGAAAAUUGCAACCAUAAUCGAUGUCUAUAACCGUUCUUACGCCGUUGAAAUAGAGAAGGGGAAGGAAUAUGAGUUUGUAGUAACCGCGACUAACAAGUAUGGAGAGAGUUCAAUGGAACAGGACAUCAAGCGAAUAAAAGUGCUAGACGGUAGGUGUAUAAAUAAUUAUUUUUAGCGAGAUUUCUCUGAAAAUCACAACGAAUACUGAAAGUUGUCCACUAUUGCUUCAAGUUUCCCCACUUUUCAAACAACAGACUUCGAGCUCGACAAGCUUGUUCGUUCAGCCAUUUUUAAUUUUUUUCUUUGCCAAGAAAUUAUAUCAAAAGGUCUUAUUAGGAGAAGUUUGUGCUGUUUUCUUUAGUUAACAAAGAACUGUAAUGUAUGAUUAAUUACAUUAGCAAAGAAACCUUUCAUAUCUAGUGUAAACUCCUAUUAUUUUUGUUUUUCGUUUUCAGUGUCGACAAAACCGCCAAAAACCCAAGCAGGUAAGCCAUGUCAACAUUCAAGAUUCAAUAGCAGUCAUCGAUGGCAAUCACUUUCUAAUAAUAGUCGACAUAUCUGGAUAAAUUACUACGCACUGCAAUCGUUUCAAUUUCAAAUUAAAAUGCAGUUUUGUCUCUUUCUUAAACUACCGCUUUACAUUCUUAAAAAAUUCCAGGUUCUGAGAGUAGUAACACGGGAGUGCUUCACGGUGCCUACAUCAGUGUAAUUCUUCUAUUGUCGAUCAUACUCUUUAUUCUCAUUGUUGUACUAUGGAAAAUGCGCCUUCGUUCAGGUAAGAAAUCGUAGUCAUGACUAUAUUCACGACAACAUGUUGAGCCCCCUAAUGGCGUAUUUGGUUUCGAUGAUUUUGAACCGAAGCUCUUAAUGGGGUUUAACUUAUGGCAAAUCUGCACUUCUUCUAAGCCGUCCAUGUUGAUUGGUCUCAUAUGACCUCUUAUUUUUGUUGGGCCAGGUACAUUGCAUGGGUCUUUUAUCUACAAUCACAACCCGAAAAUAAUGCUGAUGAAACUUAGAAUUUGCCAAAAUCUCAACAGUCAACCAGAAAAAUUUUGCGAAAUACUGUAUUUUAAAUUUAAAGAUUGUUUUAUGAAGUGAACCUCUGCUAAGAUAAGUGUUGUUUAUUUCAGGCUCGUUGCAUUCAAAUAAGUGAGUAUUCAUUUUCCAUGUUAAUAUUUUAAAUGCGAAGUACUUGUAAACUCUUCAGUGAGCAAUCUUAAACCAGUCUAAUCUAGGGUACAAAAAACCCCUUUAUUUUAACACAAAUUUCCACUAAGGUUUGUAAAAUUGUCCUCUGAGUUUAUUGGACAUUAUUUUAAUGUAAGAUGUGCCUCUGCAUUUACAUAAAAUUGAGAGUUGUCGUGUGGCAAUAAUAUGAAAUAAUUCUACUCUUCUAUUGGAAAUCCCAAUGCAAUACCUAGUUCUUGAAUUAACAGAAACGCAAAGCAGUAAAAAGCAUUGUAUUGUAAAUAAAGUUUUGAGCUGUGUCGUGAACGAACGAUCAGCAUUAAAACUCACAUACUUCUUUUAAAGAAGAAUAUAUUCCACUUACAACGACUGUUUUGGGGUAGAUUCAGCGUGUUUACGUUGACGUUUGCGACCUUUUUGUUUGUCAUUCGUAAACAAUAGCUGAAAAGAACACAGUUACUUCGUCAACCAAUCAGAGCUUCUGACCAGAUUCUAAAAAGAUUUCACGUAAUCAGUGGGGGAUUUUUGUCAUUUAGGCGAUGACAUCUUUCCCUUGAAACGUCUCUAGCAGCGAGGAGGGAACAGAGACGGCUAUUCCCAGGCUAAAGGCAUGCCUCAACAUGCCAAUGAAGAUGACAUUUUUAAUUUCCAAAAUGUGUCGAUGGAUAAGUCAUGGACUGUUGUGCAAGGCUUGGAGCAAAUUAUAGUGCAUAAAAAGCUAAGGAGCUAACACUUUUAAGCACACUACGAUGUGACAAUUGGCAAUCGGUAUUCUAAAAGAUUCGUACCCAUCGCUUUAAAACCGAAAAAGUUAUAACACAAAGUUUGUUAUAGUUUAAUGCAACUGUAGCCAGAAAAUGAAGCCACCUUAAACGAAAGCAAUUAAAAUGAAUAAGUGCAUUUAAGUCUGUUAAAAUACUGCUGACUUUGAAGCUUCUCUUAUUUACUGAGAAAACCAAACAUCAAACUGCAGUAAAACUCUGGGACAAAAACGCGCGACGUUUUUUUGCAAAACUGCUUCAAAACGAGUGCAAAAGCUAUGUUGCGCCUUUUACCAGCCACGAAUCAAACCUGUCUAAAUCAGGGUGUUGCAGGCUACAAAACUUUUUUGCAAAAAGGAGUCAUAGAACUACUUUCUACAACCUGUAACAGCUUGAUUUGUUUAAGUUUCGUUGUUUAACAGACGCGCAAAGUCGCCUUAAACUCGCUUGCAGCAAUAUUAUACAAAAUCUUGCGCGUUAUUUUUUUAUUUGUUUUACAACAAACUCUCAGGUUAUAAAAAGCUUUCUGAAAAGCUUUUUUGAACUGAGAGUUCUUUCCAUCAAGCUUUCCGACAAUUUUGAUGGAAACAUGCGUGUUUUCAUAUCCUAACCUCAACUAUUACGCAAGCACAAGAAGAAAACAUUCCAAGAUAAAUGAUCUAACUACCACAUUAAAACUUUUACUUUAGCGAACAGGAAGGCGGAGAAACUAUUGCUUUGGUAAGUGAUCAUCCUGUAAACUAAAAUAAAAAUAAAAAUGAUUGCCAUCCAUGAAAUUAAAGCUUAAACGCUAUACCUUAUGUUUAUGUGUAAUCACAUUAAAGAUUUAAUAUUGUGAUUGACUCUCUUGUUUUCUUUCCUUUUCUCUUCCAGUCUGCUAUCUUAAGACGUUAUACCCUUCUAUCUGGUCCUUUUUGGAAACGUUCUAAGCUGUUUUCAAAAUUAAUUGGAUGCAUGCUACUAGCCGGUUAAGGCCAUUUCCUUUUUUAUCGUACCCUCUUACAAGCUCGAGGCCAGGGUGGGUUUUAAUUUUCGCCAGCAAUGAAAAAAAGUAGGUCUCCAAUGUGUCGCAUCCGGGCAGGUAUCAUAUUCGUUGAAGAAAAACAAAUACUGUUUCCCUAAUAACUGUUGUUACCAGAAACCCAUAGAAGAUGUGGAGCCAAUAGAACAACCAUCAAGCGCAGCAGAGCAAGCUGCCAAUUUUACCUACGAGAUUCUGGGAGGGGAAGAUUACAUGCCUCUUCAUCCCUCGCGAAGAAGCUGGGAGAUCAGUAGAGAACAUGUGGAGGUUAUUAAAGUGAUCGGCAAAGGCGCCUUCUCUGAUGUUGCCAAGGCGACGUUGCGGAACAUGAGAGACGAUCAGGAAAUUAUCAUAGUGGCGGCAAAAAUGCUGAAAGGUGAGGCAGUAGUUCUUGAUCUAAGUUUAUAGGAUUUGGCAAAUUUAAACCGAAACAAUGGAUUACGAAUCCACUAACAGGCUCCUUUGUCUAACGUGCUUAUUACCGCAUUUAUUUUGAAAAGUUGCACAAAGUAUGAAGGAUGUCGAUAACUAUUUUGAAACUUAUUUUAUUAUAUAAACACCAAUGAAACACCAGGUGAGCUUUCCCGCGAAAACAUAACAUUUUUAAUUGUCAAAAUAACAUAUAAUGUGCAGUUACACACACCAUGGUAAAAGUUCUUUUCCGUGGUAAGUUUGCCGCGGUAAAUUUUUACGGGCGUCUGGAAAAGCGGGAAUCCGGAAUCCGGAAUAGGAACGGGAAUAGGAACAGGAACAAGAACCGGAACCGGAAUAGGAACCGGAAUGGGAAGAGAAACCUAUAUAAAAGCAGGGACAACAUUUACCUUAAUUUAAGUUAAUCUGGAUUUAAUUCCUGUUCAGAUUAUAUACGAAAAAUAAGGGAAAAAUAGAAUAGGAACCGGAAUAGGAACGGAAAUAUAAACAGUGUAUAGAAUAUGAAAAGAAAAAGAUAUAAUUGUGAUAUAAAUAAAAAGCCAGAGAAAUAAUUAAAGAAACAAGAAAACACCCUUGAAAUGUUAAUCUAAUUAACCUUUCUUUAUCUUUAGCCUAUGACACAUUGUCUUUUCGUGUCAAACAUAAUAGCGAACUUAAGCAACGAGAACGCUGACCGUCGCUUGAUGGAACGCUUCUGUCUCACACAACGAAUCUGAAUUCUUCCUCUUGCCUUCCAGUGUGCGAAUUUGUUGAGUCAGAGCACCUAAAGACAGAAAACAUCCACUUCCAGUUUCCAUUUUUAAUGUCCUGGACGUCAACGUUCUGCUUGCUUAUUAAGGUCCCUAUUGCACGCGGUUGAGGUAGAUGAAGUACUGGCCGCUGAGAUGGGUUUUGGGGGGGGGAGGGGGAGGAAGUACAUGUUACUACCCUUUUUAAGCUGUGGACUAUCUAUCUCUGGUUAACUUCCCAAUUUAGCACCGUACAAUAUAUCUAUGGAGCAAACCUGAGGUGUAUGGCAGCCCAAUAAACGUCUCCGAUGGGUGUCUCGUAUACACAUGGUCUGACAAAUAAUAUUAACAUGUGAUAACCACCUUCCUGUGAGAGACAAAAGGAACCUUAAGAUCUGACGACGGCAACGCCAGCGAAAACGCCACUGAGAAACUGAAUUCGGGUCUUAAUUCAAACUAUUUCUCAUUAAUUCCAAAUUGCCCAGUCUUUUAAAGGUUGGGAAAUGAAACUGGAGACCGCGUCCGAGCUCAGAAAGACACAAUAAAAUUUAUUGCCUGUCGUUCACGUUCUUAAGAGAACUUAAGAUUUGAUCAUUUACAUCAUAGUUGUGCAUACGCGGUGAAGAAUUUGACAGAAAGCGCGAUACGAUGCACUCGCAAAGCUGUUGCUUUACUUAUUUAACUUGCGGCUUUUUCUACCUCCUUGCUGCCGUAUUAUAAAGAGAUUCGGUGGGGAGCAUGAUACCAGAGUAGUGUUCUUAUUUUUUGUAUAAAUUGAAUUCGAAUUAAAAUAAUUUAAAGUAAAUGAUAUCCCUGUUCUUGUAUCGGUUCCCCUUCACAUUGCUGUUUCUGUUCCGUUGCUGUUUCCGGUUCCGGUUCCGGUUCCUGUUCCCAUUCCCGUUCCUAUUCCGGAUUCCGGUUUCCUGUUUUUCCAGACGGCCAAUUUUUACUCGGGAUACUUUAUCGAGGUGACAUGCGGUUACACGUAAAUUUAUUUACCACGGUUGAUUUCCGUUUUCACGCAAUUAUUUUCCCUGGAAGCACUUGAAGGACUCUAGAGAAAGCGGGAUUUUUAAAAGCGCUUUUAAAAACUGUUGAUAUCCAGAAUAAAAAAACCAACUCAGAUGGUCCAAGCUGAAUUUCUGAAAUUUCAGAAUCAAGUGAACGAGCGAGUGAAUCCAAAUUCAAAUUUUCCCACCGUAAUUAAAUUAUUUUAAGUCACGUAAACAUAUCUCAUUCAGCAGCUUUUUCCUCUAAAGAACUAGACCUUAAGGGGAUUCUAAGUCACGGUUCGUGUUUUUUUCGUGGAAAGAAGAGUUAUUUUCCCUUAAAAUUGUGAAAUGCAAGGAUUAUACUUCCUUUCAAUUUGUUGAGACUACUAAUCUAAGGCUAAUUUGCAUACGGACAAUUAACUAAAAUUCAUCGUCCAUAAGGAAAAAACCCAAGAAAAAGCGACUACAACGUUUUCUCCAUGUUUUCAAAAGCCAAACAUUUAAAGGGUCUAAAGACGUUUGGUAAUAACUAGAAACGUUAUAGGUAUGGAAAUUAGUCGAUCAGAUGCGGACCGUUUACAAUUCCAGCUUUGUGGUCAAUAUGGCCAAUCUUGCAACAUUAACGGAACUUUGUACAGCACGCAAAGAAGAGUGCCCACAAAUUUUAUUGCAUUAAGAAGUAGACUGGUCUUAGUACUUGUGUUUUAUCAUUGACUUGAGUCUGGACCAGGUGCCACUUUUGCACAAUUACUCUUCAGUUCUACAAUCAUGGACAAAAGUCUUGGGACACUUUUGCGUUUCUGGGGCGUUUUCCAAUUCACUCAGAUCCAACCCCUCCCCUCACCCCACAAACAAUGUUGGACGGGUGUAUCCAGAAUUUUUUCCGAGUUUCAACUUUGUAUAGGUUGGGGGGAGGGAGAAGUGCAAGAAAAUUUCGAAAAUGAUGCACUGUUUUAAGAGGGAACGGAGAAAUGACAGAGAAAUAUGCAUAUUGCAGUAGAGUCCCUAGGACUUUUGUCCAGGAUUGUCUGAAUCCCGGUUUUGGGGGAAAAAAGUAUGUUUUCUUCAUUUUUCCUACGCUUUUUAGGUAUUUUGGAGACAUGUAGGUGAUGAAAUGCAAUAAUAAUGACCUUUGAUACUAUUUUCUCAACAUAGCAAGUUUGUACAAGGCAAUUCCCUGAUUAGCCAUAUCGGGCCCACUCCCCUAAACUGGAGCCGAGUACAGCCGAAAAGUUGGUCAGGCACGAUGUUUUGAGCAUCGCGCACAGUACUCGGUAGCAAAAACACAGAGUAUUAUCAAUAUUCGCUACAGAAUCAUUAAGGAAACACGGCUAAGGUAUAUGUCAACCAAAAAGAAAUUGCAUUUGAAAUAAUAUGUGUCAAAAAGGCCAUCCUGUAAAGUGAAUACAACAGUACUCACUUCAUUCAGUAAGGAAAAUUUUUCUUGCUCUUCAUUCUUUCCAUUUCAAAGUGAGUACUGUGACUAAAGAGCUAAAAAUUGCGUUUUUGCUGUAAAUGAAAGCAUCAAAGGAUGUAUUUACAGAUACAUUUUCUCUUACCACCCUAAGAUCUUAAGAUUCUAUAGAAAAAGCACGCAUUAUUAAGGUUUUAGAAUGAGUACUGUUGGUGCGUACCGUUUAGCUAUAUAUGCAAAUCAGUUUAAAGUAAACUCGCUUGUUUACUUUGUUCGUGACAAAUAUCUCGCAACGUAAUUUUUGUUGGCAAAUAAACACAUAGAAAUAUUAGCAACACUUUCAAACAAAAGAUGAUCCGGUACAAUUCUCUAGAAGUCAGCGAAAAAAUGUUUUGCCACGAACAAGGCGUAUUAUGAAACAACCGCUUUUUCUUACAUCACAAUUGCAUUUAUAGCUCCUGCUGGCGUAUUUUUUUGUUGUACAAAUAACAGCGAGGGCUAUUCACAUGGCUUAAUAUUUUUUGCGCGGCCGUUCUAGCUAUCUUUUGGAAACGUUAUUUUCUCUACCAAGCCUACUGGACUUUUUGACAUUCGUUCUCAUAUUGCUGAGUACUGGCGACUGUAAUGUUGACAUCUCUGAGCAAGUUAUUAUCCACGACUCUAGCCCUUUGGCUGCCGAAAUUCUUACUGUGUACUCCAGAAUGUUAGUAACUCGUUGCUUCCUUUAACCGUUUUCGGACGUGGGUCUUGUUUAAAGUUAUGUUAUCCUUUGGAAUAAAGCACGCGCUAUGAGAUUCCACAAUUUCUGUUGUAUAUCAUUCGUUUUAGCGAAUUCUUAAAACACGUUCAGAAAAGUCCGAAAAGCUGGGAAAAGGUUUGUUCAAUUACGAUCUUUCAUCAGAAUCCCGAAAAGCACUCUUGCAGGCCUGAAAAACCUUCAAAACUGCCUUUUUUUCUUCCCACCUCUUUUCCAGACUGAAUCCCGGUUUGAAUCCCGGUUUUGUACCUGUCUGCUGCUUUUGAUACAGUUGAUCAUUCUCUUCUCCUUGCUAGACUAUCUACCCGUUUUGGCAUUUGUGACCAGGCACUGGACUGGUUUCGUUCAUAUCUAUCUGAUCGCACUCAGUAUGUCAGAAUCCAAGACGUCUCUUCUGAUGUUCAUGCCGUACCUUAUGGUGUACCUCAAGGUUCCGUGUUGGGCCCCUUGCUGUAUUCUUUGUACACUUCCCCCUUGGGUGAUAUUGCAAGAUCUCAUGGUCUAUCUUAUCACUUUUAUGCCGAUGAUACACAGCUAUAUUUGUCUUUUGAAACGUCAUCGCCUGAGGAUUUGUCAACAUGUACAUCUGCUCUUGAAGAUUGUGUUAAAGAUAUUGACCUUUGGAUGUUAAAUAACAAGCUGAAGCUGAACAAUGGGAAGACUGAAAUUAUAGUUUUUUCAUCCUCCUAUCGCCCACGUCCUGCCUUAACUACUGCUAAAAAUAUUGGGGUUAUUUUUAAUAACUCUCUAUCGAUAUUGCCGCACGUUACUGCUGUUUGCAAGUCUUCGUUUUUGCAUUUACGCAAUAUUUUUAAGAUUCGUAAGUUUCUUUCUUACGAUACAUGUAAAACUCUAAUUCAUGCCUUUGUUACUGCAAGGAUCGACUAUUGCAACUCAUUGCUCUACGGUCAGCCUAAAUGUAUCUUGAAACGUUUACAGAGUGUCCUAAAUAGUGCUGCUAGGCUUAUUCACCUUACUAGUAGAUAUGAGCAUGUUACGCCGUUGCUUAUUCAACUUCAUUGGCUACCAAUUGAACAAAGGAUAACUUUCAAAAUUGCAGUAAUUACAUUUAAGGCGCUUCAUGGUGCUGCACCUAGCUAUAUCACUGAUCUCAUCAAGCCUUAUACACCUGGUAGACUUCUUAGAUCCUCCAAUCAAUUUUUACUUUCUACAUCUAAAUUUAAUCUUAAAACUUAUGGUGGCCGGUCUUUUACUAUUGCUGCACCUUCUGUUUGGAAUGCACUUCCAUUCGAACUUAGAUCUUGUAAUUCCCUUUCUUCUUUUAAAUCUAAGCUCAAGACCUGGCUUUUUAUAACUGGUUAUGAUGUUGUCGUAUAGAAUGAUGAUGUUUUUAUAGGAUGACAAUGUAGUUUUGUAGGUUUAGGAUUUUGUAGUUAUUUUUAUUAUGUAAAGCGCUUCUGGACCAUUGGGAAUUUUUAUAGAAUGACAAUGUAGUUUUGUAGGUUUAGGAUUUUGUUGUUAUUUUUAUUAUGUAAAGCGCUUUUGGACCAUUGGGAAUUAGCGCUCUAUAAAUACUGUAUAUUAUUAUUAUUUUUUUUUCUUCAUUUUUCCUACGCUUUUUAGGUAUUUUGGGGACAUGCAGGGGAUGACAUGCAAUAAUAAUGACUUUGAUACUAUUUUCUCAACAUAGCAAGUUUGUACAGGGCAAUUCCCUGGUUAUCCAUAUCGGGCCCACUCCACUAAACUGGAGCCGAGUACAGCCGAAAAGUUGGUCAGGCACGAUGUUUUGAGCAUCGCGCACAGUACUCGGUGGCAAAAACACAGUGUAUUAUCAAUAUUCGCUACAGAUUCAUUAAGGAAACACGGCUAAGGUAUAUUUCAACCAAAAAGUAAUUGCAUUUGAAAUAAUAUGUGUCAAAAAGGUCAUCCUGUAAAGUGAAUACAACAGUACUCACUUCAUUCAGUAAGGAAAAAUUAUCGUGCUCUUCAUUCUCUCCAUUUCAAAGCCCCCGGGUUUCAAAGUGAGUUCUGUGACUAAAGAGCUAAAAAUUGCGUUUUCGCUGUAAAUAAAAGCAUCAAAGGAUGUAUUUACAGAUACACUUUCUCUUACCAUUCCUAAGAUGUUAAGAUUAUAUAGAAAAAGCACACAUUAUUAAGGUUUUAGAAUGAGUACUGUUGGUGCGUACUGUUUAGCUAUAUAUGCAAAUCAGUUUAAAGUAAACUCGCUUGUUCACUUAGUUCGUGACAAAUAUCACCCAACGUAAUUUUUGUCAGCAAAAAAACACAUAGAAAUAUUAGCAACACUUUCAAACAAAAGAUGAUCCGGUACAAUUCUCUAGAAGUCAGCGAAAAAAUGUUUUGCCACCGACGAACAAGGCGUAUUAUGAAACAACCGCUUUUUCUUACAUCACAAUUGCAUUUAUAGCUCCUGCUGGCUUUUUUUGUUGUUGUACAAAUACCAGCGAGGGCUAUUCACAUGGCUUAAUAUUUUUUCACGGCCGUUCUAGCUAUCUAGCUCUUUUGGAAAACGUUGUUAUUUUCUCUACCAAGCCUACUGGACUUUUUGACAUUCGUACUCAUAUUGAGUACUGGCGACUGCAAUGUUGACAUCUCUGAGCAAGUUAUUACCAGGUUUAUACUAAAGCAUGAGAAAUUAGUGCAAUUUGAUUAGCUUAGAGCAGUGGUAUUUCAGCUUAAUUUGAAAUACCUCCAUGUGAAAAUUACAAACCUUUUGUGUGUAGUAGUAUAAACAAAUAAUAGCAUGAUUUUACGUGAUAUUUGGCAUAAAUACCACUUGUGAUAUUUCAAAAUUGUCUCAAAUUACGUAUAACAAUUUCGAAAUAUCACUCGUGGUAUUUAUACCAAAUAUCACCAUAAAUCAUGCUAUUACCUAUACAAAUGACCUCGUGCUUUGUCAUAUAUCCACCACUCUAGCUCUUUGGCCUGCCGAAAUUCUUACUGUGUACACCAUAAUGUUAGUAACUCGUUGCUUCCCUUAACCGUUUUCGGACGUGAGUCUUGUUUAAAGUUAUGUUAUCCUUUGGAAUAAAGCACGAGCUAUGAGAUAUAACAAUUUCUGGUGUAUAUCAUUCGUUUUUAGCGAAUCCUUAAAACACGUUCAGAAAACUCAGAAAAGGUUUGUCAAUUACGAUCUUUCAUCAGAAUCCCGAAAAACACUCCUACAGGCUUGGAAAACCCUCAAAACUGCCUUUUUUCUUCCCACCUCUUUUUCAAACAUGGAAUUAUGCAAAUUACCUUUCCUGACGAGCAAAUUAAAGGUCAUUUUAGAAAAUUCGUAUCUCAGCCAACUUUCCACAAAAUGCAACCGUUAAAACAUUAAACUAAUAAUCAGAGUAGAAACUUUUGUGUGUAAAAUAACUAGCUUAUUCGGCUUUGUAAGGCAGGUUUGACAGAGCCGUAAAGUUUCAGCAAAAUCGCAACUCUUCCGCCGGCAAACUGGCUAGUUUUCAGUCACCUAGAAAAUCUUCCUGUAAUACAGAGAAAAAAUCGAAUGAAAUUGAUAUUUCUUAAUGGGAAAGGAUAGUUAUAUUCCACUGAAAAAUUCUGGGCAAUCCGUGAAACACCGAAAUUUGCCUUAUCGGUUCUUACGCGGACAGCCUCUUAAAUGUGAUCAAAGGUGAUUGCUAUUUUUUGGAUGUACAUAUAAGGUCAUUAACUUGAUGUAAGACUUGGUCCAUUCCUCAAUAAUUAUUCUCUAACAUCGCUUAGCUUUUCCCUCACAAGUCGUAUUAAAGGUUCGCUAAAGUUAAUUGAUUUGUGGGUUUGUUACAAGUUUUGUUUGAUUUAUAAACUAUAAAUUUUUUAAUUGGAGCUUCGCUUUUAGCCCUGGCGAAAUCUAUAUAUUUUAAACUAAUUAACAUUAACAGUGGCGCUUUGUCAAGAAACAAUUUGUUUAGUACACAUUAUGGACUAUUUUAGUUUUCUUUUUCUGUAGCAAAUGCACCGGAUUCAGACAGAAAGGAUCUUCUUUCAGAACUUGAGUUGAUGAAAAAACUGAAACCUCAUCCCCACGUGAUCAAGCUAAUGGCAUGCGUAACUGAGAGUGGUAAGAGAAUAAGAAUUCAUUAACAAAUACUGUAACAUCGUCUCUCUUCUUGUAUAAUGUAGUUGGGAAGAGAAGAAAAAAAAAGGUGGAAAGUGUUUGUGAACGUUGCUUUAUGGAGACAUUCUGGUUGGACUUUAUGAUCGCAUAUUUUCCUUUUCUGCUUAUUAACAGUAUUAGCGGGGCUCUCUCACUUGCACCGGAGCACCGUGGGUAAGAAAAUUUGGUAGUGACUUGUAGUCACUUGAACCUAGCCUGUCCGUCAAUCUGCACCACAGACUUACCAAUGUAAAAUAACUCAAUCAACAGGUAUGGCAACCGAAAUGCAACUCGAGGUUUUUUGGCAGGAAAUCGCAUGGCCACUCGCGUCUUGUGGAGCACAGACAAUUAAACAGUCAAUAGUAAUGACAAAACGGAAAGGAGAAAUUGUUUCUGUAUCCGUGUUGUCUAAAGUGUUAAGCUUAGAUUGUCAUCUCCAGAAAUUUGGAAUAUUUGGAAUAUACCGAUGGAAGGUAGCAACGGGGCAAAAUGAGGCUUCCCUGUAACGCUUAAUGCCAAACUGAUUCGACGUACCAUUGCGAAGAGAUUUCCUUAGGAUCUGAUUGAUCUCUUGCAAGGACAAAAAGCUGAGCAGGGUUGGAAAUUCGUCCAAACGGACGCUUCAAGGUAUAGAUUGCGGCCGGGUCUUGAAUAAAGAAUGGUUUGGCUUAAAUAGGAACAGUUCUAGCUAGUAGCUGUUCUUCCUUAAGCGCUAUAAAAUAGGAUUUAACGGUUAAAGAAGCUGCGGGAUUCCCGCAGAGUCCUCCAAUGUUUAGCCUGCUUGAAAAAAAAUAGCGCGUUAUUUUACUACCAAAGAAUCCAACGUACUAUAAGCCAAACGCCUAUGGUGUCAUGGUUAUAACCACAACGCUAACAAAAUUGAAGAUCGUGGUCAUUUGGAUGUUUGCACGAUGGGCAAGCUACUGAAGCCACGAACAACCUAGGAACCAAGAGCACAAGCUGCGAACGAUAGAAAAACAUAACGACAUUCAACUAAUAUACUCCGCCUAGGCAAAAAGCCCACAGAUUCCAAGGCAAUGGCCCAGGUUUGAGACCUUGCUUUGAAGGAAAUAAAAUUGCGUUCAUCAAAAGUUGCUCAGCCAAUAAAACCUUCCAUUGUUCCAUAGAGUUAAGUAAUGGCCACCAAGCAGGGAGAGGAGGUUGUUUAGAACCCGCUACAGCUACGAUCGCUCCUUCGGACGUAAGGAAACGCAGCAGUGGAGGAACAAUGCGGAAGGGUGGGAAUACGUAUUAUGCAUUAACUCUAACACUAUCACAGAGUGAGAGAUCUUGAUUGAAAACGUUCACUCCCGAAGUGUUUAGAGUAAGGCGUAGUGUAAAAUGACGCAAGGUAUUUCCGGAAUUAUCGCUCUAAGUGUUGGCAUCUAAUUACGUAAGAUCCAAAUUAUGAAACCCACAUUGCCAAACUCAGAUUGAACCAAAUCCCAACAGGAAGACGAAAACAUGGCACCGGACUUAGCAAGAUUACGUGAGCACAAAUCCACCGUAUUCAACCUUGACGGAACAUAGGACAUGGUUAGAGCGAGGUUCCUGCGCGUAACAAAAUCUAAUAUACGUUUUGCCACUAGUGUAAACUCCCGAGAGCGCGUAUCCUGGCCAUUCCAAGCGUGAAUCGUAACUUGACCAUCAACAUGAACGUCCAACCUACAAUGUUGACCUUCCAAUGCGAGAGAUUCAAACGCUAUGGCUACCGCAUACAUUUCUUUGAAUUUGAUGCGCCUAAACUCAUCAUCCUAGGAGUCGCCGAUGGAGAGAUCAGAAGACUUGAGGUGGAUAACAGCCACCCAGCGUAAGACGAAGCAUCUAAAGAGAUGGAGAGCACCAAAUGCUUUUCAUGCCUCCAAGGGAUAAAACUGUCCUAAUCAUCCAUGAAACGCGAAAAAUGGUUGAUUUCCUGGCUUUCGCAAUGCAGAUCUCAAGGACACGUUUGGAACCUGUGGAAGCCCUGCCAAUCGAAGCGGCCAUUCAACUUCUGAAUUGAUUCCAAAUGGACGAACUUUCGAACGAUAAGACUGACCUAAUUUUUCGAAAAGGCUCAAGCCACAGACUCUACCAGCAUACCAAGAUAUACGAUAAUUGUUGCAGGAACAAUCAUGCAUUUCUUUAAUCCAAGGAAAUGGCCAAGAUGGACAGUAAACGUAAGUACGACGAACAAAGCGUUCUCCGUCGCCAGGAAACUUAAGUAUUCGUCUUGCUCAAUGCUGGGGCGAGACCAAUAGUCCUCGGUAGCGAAUGACUCUCCAUAAAGACAAUCAUUAGUGUACAAUGAACACGCUAUCCCCAGAUUCCUAAAGAAGUUUGUCGACCCUAAUCCCACCAUUUGAUAGAUAUAAUGGGCAUUCUCCCAUCUGAAGGAAGGGGUGACAUCAAAAAGCCACCAUCCUUGUCAUUCAACCCCAAACUGCAGAUCCUCAAUAAUAUUUAAGCAAUAGGAAACGUUUUCCGUGUUUGCAAAGCCUGAUAUAAAUACGAGAGGGGUUGGGAGAAUGCGAGAUAGUUAUGCAAAUCCGAGAUGAAAAAAUAUACCUCAUCUUGUAGAGAAGAUCAAAGGCUCUCCACUGAAGGAAAAAUCGUUUCGAAAUACUGCAACAUAUCAAUAAUUCAGGGAGGGGCUCCAUCAGCUCCCCCUUGUACUACAGUGGGGGUAUCAAUUUGUGUGUACGUCCUAGGGUUAAUUUCCCUUGCAAAACCCUGAUGUUCCGCUUGCAAGGGUAAGAAAUGUUCAAACUUCACUUGAGAAAACUUAAUGCGCUUCACGUGGGGUUAAGGAAAACGAAAAGAAAGCACACCAGAAAGGGAAAUGACUAAACACCCAAUCUCGGAGAUAGUGACCACCAUUUCCACUUCCAAACUAGUCCUAAGAGGCAAAACGCUUCUAGAGCUUCUUCUCCUCCCCCAGGGUAUAGAGGGACAAAACAGUAAAGAAAGGCCCAGCAAAACAAGACUAGGAAAAACAUUAUGCAAAUAACAAAGUUUAUUCAUAAAUAUUAGCGCGCUUAUUUGGGCAGGCCCGCGCAUGACCAAGGUGGGCACAAACCCAAAUGAAAUGAAAUCAAAUCAAAUCCUUUAGACACGUAAUACCCAGGAGCACCAAAGCUCUCCUUAAAACGUGUACGUGUGUGCAAAUUAAAACAAAAUGGAAAAGUAUACUAGUAAUCUAUACAUUACCACUAUUAAAAUACUUACUAUAAAUAGAUCUGCGAAUGGCUAAAAGUAGAAUCUAAAACUAAGGCUAUUUACAGAAUUUACAAACCCUACACCUUAAACCAUGUGAGCUUUAAGAGAUCGCUUAAACGACGCAAUGUCUUGUGAUUCUCUAACUUUUGGAGGUAACGCAUUCCAACGUUUGCUGGCUAAAAUGUAAAGGAUCGAUGCAUAAACUCCAGAUUAAAGGGAGGCAAAUUCAGCUUUGUGCUAAGCCGACGUAAAUUGUGCGGUGCGUCCUCAAAAGUAAAAAAUUCACUGAUAUAAAGUGCCCCCUGGUCGUACAAGUAUUUGUACAUCAUAACUAAAGAUUGGAAUUGGCUACGUUGUUCCAGUCGUAUGACACAGAUUUCGAAUAGCCUAACAUAGUUCUUAAUAAAAAAUAGUUAGUCGUCUCCAUUUUGGUAGUCUCGGAAUUACCUACUCCCAGCGAAAGCGGACUACAGUACUCUAGGUGAGAGGGAAAAUAAACCUUGUAGAGACGUACUAAUACGUCCUCAGAAACAUAGUUAAUUGAGUGGAAUGGUUAUGAAACCCGUCAGACUCCUUAGUUAUAUGUUUUUGUGGACCCUGAAAGUGCACAACGUACAAAAGAAUUCCUAUCAUUUUGAUUGUAUUGACCAAUAAAAACGUUGCAUUAAUUUAUUCCGUAACAAUUUGCCAACAGAAAACAAAGGAUUGUGCACUGUCACGGUGCUUUGAACAUAAACUGCAGCACUGUUGUUUUUAUCAUUCAUGUUUGCCGCUUUUCAUAACCAGUCUCCUCUAAUAACUAUGUCAGAAAUGAACUUACAUAUUCUCCGCAGGGCCGAAGCUUUUGUGCAGGCCUUAUUCAGCUGUUCCUUUAUGUGCGCUUUAAAUGUUAAUUUACUGUCUAAGACAACUCCUAGGAUUUUAAGUGUAUCCUUCUUAUCAACGUUAGAAUCAUUAAGAUGGAAUUUGUACUCGUAUGAUGAUGGCCCCAUGGCAACAGCUUACGUUUUAGCGGCGUUAAUCUGUGAAAAAAUUCAUUCUGAACCAUCUGGAUAGCACCCUCUGAUCGGAGUUAAUUACAAACUGCAAAACCAUCGGUGAGAAAUCAGAGGCGUAUUCAGUGGUGUCGUCAUCGUACAGCCUCUAAGACGUAUUAGUAAUAAAACAAUUAAGAUCAUUGAUACAUAUUAAACAAGAGUGGACAACACAGGGACCCCUGUGGUACACAAGUUCUAAUGUUUCUCCACGUAAAGUGUGCAUCAUCAAGCAUUUCCCGACGAGACGAGAGCAAUAUGGAGCCCAGCGCGUUCAGCCAACGUACUGCUCAAGCUUCACCUUUUUUAAGGCUUUUCCCACCAAGCUAGCCACUUCCUCCUCUUCUUUUGAUGCACAGCUUCACAAGAAUGUCCUGGAGAGCUCGACUUGCCACGAGGGAUCGGCUCUGACGCAAUGUUUUCGAAUAAAUGCAACAUCCUCCAAUGCACCCACGGCAGCAAAAUGAUCAAAGACAGAUGCAGGCUUAGCAAUCAAUAAUUGCAAAGUUGAAACAUCAGUGUCAACUGCAAUGGUGUCUGACCUCUUCUUCCAUUCAUCAAACUCUCUCUGGAUUUUUUCCACAGUUUUCUGAACCUGUACAGUCUGUGCAAGAGAAAUUUAUCUCUCGCAUAAGGAAUAAUGAACUCAAUUACUGUUCAAAUACCAGUUCACUGUAAUUAAAACCAUCAACUCGCGAGUACACUACGAGUACUCUCGGUCUCAGUGAAAUACACGCGCCCAAGCGCCUCCCGCGAGGGAAACAUCUCGGGAAGGAGCGCUCGCGAGAAAUCACUGAGCUUGACGUGGGAUCCACAAAUCCCCGCUACAAUUAUAUGACACUUAUAUCACUCGUCAUCUAAAUACUUGACUUGCCGUAUAAACAAACAGAAUAGUAAUUCACAAACAACUUGGCUAGCAUGUAAAGAAAAGCAAUAAUCAUUUUUUAAAACCCUUCACUGACCUGUACAAAACAUAACUCACGCUCUCCUAGCCUGUGAAAAUACCCCGUGGUUUGAAAUUUUCCACAAAACCACCUCAAUGGAUUUUACGCACAUCUUAGUUGAAGUAAUUCACAAACCACCUAGCUGGCUGGUCCAAGUACUCCGCAAUUUAACUUCAUACUCAAACCACUUUACCGGCUUGUCGAAAUACUCCGUAGCUUAAAGUUUGUUGGCUUCACAAAUUCACGUGUAUAUAUCAAUACAAACGAUUAUAUAUCCCUGUGCUUGAAAGUUAAAUACAGAUUGUUUUCUACUUAUUGAAAAAAUCUUCAUAAGGCUGAGAGGUUUACCUUAUUAGCUUGUUUAAAUACCCGCAGAUCCCCUGUUAGUCCUUAUUGAGUAUGUACCGUAUGGUGACCUGCUGGGCUAUUUGAGGAAGAGUCGGGGACUAAACGACACGUACUUCAAGGACCCUGAUAUCAAGCCACAGACCAGUCUAUCUGCGGAUCAGUUGAUGAAAUUUGCCUGGCAAGUCGCUGAUGGAAUGUGUUACUUGUCUUCAAAAAAGGUUCGAUCGUCUGUUUUUGCUUUUUUAUAUUAUUAUUAUUAUGAAGAUGAACGUGAUCUUCACAGUAGAAUGAACAACCUAACAGGUGGAAAAAGAAUCUAAAAAUUAAGGCUUGACCGAGAAUCGAACGCUGACCUUUGCAAUGACUGAACGAAACGCUCUGCUAUUCAUUGAGCUGAUCAAGCCGAUUGAGCUAAUUAGGUCCAUGGAUGAGCGUUUUCCGGCCAUCGUAAAGGUCAGGGUUCGAUUCCUGGUAAAGCCUUAUAGUUUUAAGGUUCAUUUACAACCGCUUAGGUUGUUCAUUCAUGUUCAAUUUCAUAUAUAUAUAUAUAUAUAUAUAUAUAUAUAUAUAUAUAUAUAUAUAUAUAUAUAUAUAUAUAUAUAUAUAUAUAUAUAUAUAUAUAUAUAUAUAUAUUGAUAUUUCAAUUCAUGUUCUAUUGAUGUCGAAGAAGGACACAGGUCUUUUUAUAAAAUCACGACAAAAGAUUUGACAAAUGUUUUUGCCUGGAAAAGGACAAAUCAUAUAUUAAGCUUUCGAUAUAGCCUGAUAAAGGAAUAACAAGUCUUAUCUUUUCUUGUAGGUAAUCCAUCGUGACUUGGCGGCAAGAAAUGUUCUAGUUGGUGAAGGAGAGAAAUGUAAGGUGACAGAUUUUGGAAUGGCAAGGGAUGUGCAGCAGGAUGAAAUUUACACCAAAACAAGUCGGGUGGGUAUAAAACUGGGAAUUUUUAAACUUUCCGGAAUCGAUACUCUGAUAAAAAGGCAAAUGAGUUUCUCUUAUUUAUAAGGUUCUUCUAUUUGUUUAUGAUCAUCCCCGGCAAGCGAACGUGGUCUUUAUUCCUGAUAAACGAAUAUACCAAUUACAACAGGAAACUAAUGCCCAGCGGAUAAAAUGCAACACAUCAAAUUCUAAAGCUAUCUAAUUAUCAGAAAAUAAAAAAUAAUAGCAGCCUGCUGUAUCGAUGGGUAAGGAAUUCUUAAGUGACGAAGAUUGCUUAGUAAUUUGUAAUAACAAAUUAAAGAAGUCAAUUUGCUUUGGAUGUUAAACCAAUGAUAACGAUAUUUAUGUUUAUUUUUAUAAUAUCAUGAGGGCCAUUACUCCUUAAUUUUAGCUUAAAUUUCAGCGUUUAUACUACUACAUGAGAAAUUUCUGCAAUUUGAUUGGCUUAGAACAGUGGUAUUUGAACUUGAUUUGAAAUACCUACGUGUGAAAAUUACAAAACGUUUGAGGGUAGUAGUAUAAACAAAUAAUAGCAUGAUUUGUAGCGGACAUUUGGCAUAAAUACCACUUGUGAUAUUUCAAAAUUGUCUCAAAUUUCACUCGCCUAACAGCUCGUGAAAUUACGUAUAACAAUUUCGAAAUAUCACUCGUGGUAUUUAUGCCAAAUAUCACUACAAAUCAUACUAUUACCAAACUAAUUUAUAAUUUCAUAUGUGAAAUUAGAAAUUUGUCGUGGCAACGUUCCGCACGUCUCCCAGGUUUAAAAGGUUAUGAACAAAGAUGUCAGGGAAUUAAAAGACGACGCUUUAGAAAAGGUAAACACACGAGAAAGCACAUCAAGAAUGAUUCUAACAGAAAAAUUAGAAAAGUUUUGAACUUCAGAUUUAUGCUCCAAACUUUUUUGUACCUCAAGUUCUCGAUACGAUAAGCAGGUAACAACAACAACAAAAAACGCGAUUGUGGGCUUUACUUGUGACCCGAUAGGUAAUCAAAUGGUGUAACCUACAACUUCUCUUUGAAGAGAACACCUUAUUUCGUUUAAAAUCGUUUUUUUUUAACUCUCAAGGGUCGCCUGCCUGUAAAGUGGACUGCUUAUGAGGCUUUGUUGUAUGGAGUGUACACAACACAAAGCGACGUGUGAGUAGUGAACAUUAUAUGGCAUUUAAAACUGCCUUGUACAUUUUACGUAAAGUACAAAUUUUCACAUCUCUCAUUCCUUUUGCAGUUGGAGUUACGGUAUCCUCCUUUACGAGAUACUCACCGUAGGUAAGCGUAGAUUAAAACAGAAACAUACACAAUAUUGCUUUAAAAACAGUUUAAUAACCUAAGUUCUGCUUAAGGCAUUAAUUACAUAAUACAUUUGUAUCGCUCCUUUUCUCCAAUCAAUGAAUGUUAUUUUAUAGGUGGUUCUCCAUAUCCAGGUAUAAAACCUCGUCAAAUCGCGGAAAGACUUCAAAAAGGAUACAGAAUGCCGAAACCAAAACAUGUCGAUGACAAACUGUGAGUAAAGGCUCAUUUUAUUGUAUCAUAUAAAAACUUAGCCAUUAAGGAUUUUCAGUUUUGAUUAUCACCGUUUUAAGUAUUUGCAACUGUAUCUCUAGCAAAAGAGGCUAUUCAUGCAAGGGGUAUUGCCUCAAGCAAUCCCCUUCCAUGUGAGCACUAACUUUUUGCGCGCUUCUGUUUAAUUUCCCGGGCUUUCCACUUCCAAAUGAAUCCCAUAAGGCUUUUUACCUAAGGAUAGGCACGACAUUACGAAAGUGGAAAUUAUCCACUCCGUGUCUGUUUCUUAACUUAACAUUAGAAAAUCUUUGGCCUCUUUGUUAAAAUGACCCAGGUACCAGGUCAUGCUGAAAUGCUGGAAAGAAGAACCAAAUGAUCGGCCAACAUUUCAAAACCUGCACAAGACGAUAAAGGAAAUGGAGAGAAAACACAAGGUGAGAGAUAAUUGGGCAAUAUGAUAAAGGUGCUACCACAUUUACAGGAAAAGAUUCAUUAUUUGAUUGUUUCGCCACUUAUCAGACACAGUACAGUUAUAUAACAGAGAUAACGAGUGUCUGUUAACAUGGAGAUUAGGAAUGAAACACAUUGGGUGUAAGGACUGACAGUGUAGACGCCAAGUGAAGGACUUUUGUAAGACUACUGAGAAAAAGACAAAUUGCAAAGACAUUUGGAAUUAAUUUUAAAAUAUAUUCUCUAAAAACAGCUAGUAAGAAAGACCAAAGAGUUCACCUGCCUAAAUAUGUGUAUUCAGCACAUGAUUUAAAGAGGUUCCCCCUUUCUUGUCAAUACAAACAGCAUUCAAUAAGGCCGAGGAAGAUAACACAUUCCGGGAUCUGCAUAAUUCCUCAAAUCACACAAAAGGCGAAUCCAAUAAUUUCUUUAUUAUUUAUCCGAAAAAAUUGUAAUUUUAAAACCUGCCCACCUUAAUAUAGCUUUUAUGUUUCAUGUUUACCUUGAUGUAAUAUUCCCUUCUUCAAAACCUUUGCCUGUUCCUAGUUCCUUUCAGAUUACGAGAGGAUGUUUAUUCUCACAGACAUUCUUCAAAUAACACUUGCCAUCUCUGGAGUGGUAUUUGUACUAUUCUUGCUAUGUUUUAAGGCACUUUUUUGGCUCUUUCCACUUCACCUAGCUGGCAAAAUCAACUGCUUUUUUUGCCCUGUGUUCCCUGUACUUAUGUUUUCCUUUACUUUUCGAUGUCGUUCUGCCGGGGGAUUUCAGCCGAUCAGAAACAUAGGAUGUUUUGAAUGAACUUAAGACUAGAAC